AGGGAGGGAGGGGCCUUGAAGGUCAUACUCUUCUAGAGAGAGUAAAUAUAUAUUUGGGUCGGUUUUGAGGAGGUUACUUGCGUUGUUUUUUUGGUGAUUAUUUGCUAAUUUUUUAGUAGAAAUGGCAGAAAUGGUUGAAUUGCCCGGUCGGCUGGCUAUUCUUCCAUUCAGGAACAAGGUCUUGCUUCCUGGUUCCAUCGUUAGAAUUCGCUGCACUUCACCUACAAGUGUGAAGCUUGUGGAGCAAGAGCUUUGGCAAAGAGAAGAGAAGGGCUUGAUUGGGGUUCUUCCAGUUCAUGAUGCAGGGGCCGAAUCUUCUGCUUCUACUUCUCCUUCAGGUGCCACAAAUGAUUCAAGGGACCAUGGUUCGAAUAAUUCAGCUUCUCCAACAGAGUCCCACAAGCAAGAUGGGAAGAAUCAGCAUGAUCUUAUUAAUUGGCAUAAGAGGGGAGUUGCUGCUAGAGCUUUACAUCUCUCAAGGGGAGUGGAGAAACCAAGUGGACGGGUUACCUAUAGUGUUAUUCUUGAAGGUCUUUGCAGGUUUAGUGUUCAAGAACUUAGUGCAAGAGGAACCUACUACGUUGCACGGAUCUCACGUCUUGAUUUGUCGCAAAUUGAAAUGGGGCAGGCAGAACAAGACCCAGAUCUUCAGGCUUUGUCUCGCCAUUUUAAGGCCACAGCAAUGGAACUUAUCUCUGUUCUUGAACAGAAGCAGAAAACAGUUGGUAGAACCAAAGUUCUUCUUGAGACAGUGCCUGUACACAGACUGGCUGAUAUUUUUGUUGCCAGCUUUGAAUUAAGCUUUGAAGAACAGCUAUCAAUGUUGGAUGCAGUUGAUCUAAAAGCAAGGCUUUCGAAAGCUACUGAGUUAGUUGACAGACAUCUGCAGUCAAUUCGAGUAGCAGAGAAGAUAACCCAAAAAGUUGAGGGGCAGUUGUCUAAGUCCCAGAAAGAAUUCCUUUUGCGUCAGCAGAUGAGAGCAAUAAAAGAGGAGCUUGGCGAUAACGAUGAUGAUGAGGAUGAUGUGGCUGCUCUAGAAAGGAAGAUGCAGAGUGCUGGAAUGCCUCCGAACGUCUGGAAGCAUGCCCAAAGAGAAUUACGUCGACUUCGGAAAAUGCAACCUCAGCAACCUGGAUACAGUAGCUCAAGAGUUUACCUUGAGCUUCUUGCAGACUUACCUUGGCAAAAGGUCAGUGAAGAGAGAGAACUGGAUUUGAGAGCAGCAAAGAAGCGUCUUGACAGUGAUCAUUAUGGCCUAACUAAAGUCAAGCAGCGGAUUAUUGAAUACAUAGCUGUUCGGAAGUUGAAACCGGAUGCCAGGGGUCCAAUCUUGUGUUUUGUGGGCCCACCUGGUGUUGGGAAAACGUCUCUGGCGUCUUCUAUUGCUGCUGCACUGGACAGGAAAUUUAUUAGGAUAUCUCUUGGUGGUGUCAAGGAUGAAGCUGACAUCAGAGGGCAUCGGAGGACAUACAUAGGAAGCAUGCCUGGUCGUCUGAUUGAAGGACUGAAGAGAGUAGGGGUAAGCAAUCCCGUCAUGCUACUGGAUGAGAUUGACAAGACUGGUUCAGAUGCUCGGGGAGACCCUGCAGCUGCACUAUUAGAAGUUCUUGAUCCAGAGCAGAACAAAACUUUUAAUGAUCACUAUUUGAAUGUUCCAUUUGACCUUUCGAAGGUCAUUUUUGUUGCAACAGCCAACAGGGCACAGCCUAUUCCUCCAGCACUUUUAGAUAGAAUGGAAGUUAUAGAGCUGCCUGGUUAUACACCUGAAGAAAAAACAAGAAUAGCUACGCGGCAUUUGGUACCACGUGUUCUGGAUCAGCAUGGGUUAAACCCUGAAUACCUCCAAAUAUCUGAGGAUGUGGUUGCCCUCAUAAUUCGGAGAUAUACACGAGAGGCUGGUAUACGAAAUCUUGAAAGAAACUUGGCUGCUCUGGCCCGUGCAGCUGCUGUUAGAGUUGCUGAGCAGCAAAACUCUGUUCCUCUGAGCAAAGAUGUCCAACCGUUGGCUGCAUCAUUGCUUGAAGAAUCUCAACUUGCUGAUGGUGCUGAAGUAGAGAUGGAGGUCAUCCCAAUGGGUGUCAACAAACAAGAACUAUCAACUGCUUUCAGGAGUCCUCCAAUUUUUGCUGUUGAUGAGGCUAUGCUUGAAAAAGUCUUGGGGCCUCCUAGGUUUGAUGAUACAGAGGCUGCAGAGCGAGUAGCCACUCCAGGUGUCUCGGUUGGGCUUGUGUGGACCACCUUUGGUGGUGAGGUUCAGUUUGUUGAGGCUACAACAAUGGUUGGAAAGGGUGAAUUGCAUCUUACUGGGCAACUUGGUGAUGUUAUCAAAGAAUCAGCACAAAUAGCACUAACUUGGGUCAGGGCAAGAGCUGCCGAUCUUAUGUUGUCAGCCACCUCAGGGCUUAAUUUAUUGGAGGGCAGAGACAUUCACGUGCAUUUCCCUGCAGGGGCAGUGCCAAAAGAUGGUCCCUCUGCUGGAGUAACUUUGGUUACAUCUUUGGUUUCUCUGUUUAGUCAGAGAAGAGUUCGCUCAGACACUGCAAUGACUGGAGAAAUGACCCUGAGGGGCCUAGUAUUGCCCGUUGGUGGAAUCAAGGACAAGAUAUUGGCUGCACAUCGUUAUGGAAUUAAGCGAGUAAUUUUACCAGAAAAGAACGUGAAGGACUUGGUGGAAGUACCACCGGCAGUUCUUGCUGGAAUGGAGCUAUUGCUUGCAAAGAGGGUUGAAGACGUGUUGGAUAAUGCUUUUGAAGAGGGAUGCCCAUGGAGACAGCACUCUCGGUUAUAGUGAAUCCAUUCUUUUUAUCUGCUAAUUAACUUUAUUAAUUAUGCAAAAAUUAUUGCAAUGUAGCCAUUAUGUUUCACAUGCUUGUAUAAUGAGAGAAAAUGUUUCAUGGGCCAUAUGUAUUUUAUGAAAAGUUUGAAAUAAAGCUUAUUUUUAACUCA